AUGAAGAACUGGGCCCCAUUUGUUGGUGCUCUGGCCGCUCUUGUGCCAGCUGCCUAUGCUGCUCCUGCUCCUGCUCCCGCUGCCGCUCCAGCUCCGGCUGCCCUAGAGGAACGGGGACCUGAUCCAACAGUGCAAAUUCCCCAGCCUCAAGCCACCGUCGUCGGCUCCUCGAUACUGUCUGUGGAUACCUUCAAUGGUAUUCCCUUCGCCCAGCCUCCCGUCGGCCAGCUUCGCCUGAAGCCUCCACAGCCAUUGCAAAAGUCUCCCGGCACAAUCAUUGCAAAGGGUCUUGCCAAAGCCUGCCCUCAAUUCUAUUUCAGCGUUGGCGAGGGUCAGUUUCCCACCAACGUUUUGGGUGAAAUUCUCAACACUCCCCUAUUCCAAAAGGUGUCGAAUGCUGGUGAAGAUUGCUUGAACCUCAAUGUCCAGAGACCUGCAGGAACCAAAGCUGGUGACAAGCUCCCUGUUCUUUUCUGGAUCUUUGGCGGCGGGUUUGAACUAGGAACAACCCAAAUGUACGAUGCGACGAGUCUAGUGAGGGAAUCUGUCAAUCAAGGCAAACCAACUAUCGUUGUUGCAGUCAAUUAUCGUGUUGGUGGCUUUGGGUUUUUAGCGGGAGCUGAGGUCCUUGCUGAUGGCGCUGCCAAUCUGGGUUUGCUAGACCAGAGAUUAGGCUUGCAGUGGGUGGCAGAUAAUAUCGCUGCCUUCGGUGGAGAUCCCGAGAAGGUAACGAUCUGGGGUGAAUCUGCAGGUGCGAUCUCUGUUAUGGACCAAAUGACCUUGUACAACGGCGAUCACACAUAUAAGGGAAAACCCCUUUUCCGCGCCGGUAUCAUGAAUUCCGGAGGUCUCGUCCCCGCCGACCCAGUCGACUGCCCCAAGGCACAAGCAGUCUAUAAUGCUGUGGUCAAGGAGGCAGGCUGUUCCGGCACCAACAAUACUCUUGAAUGCCUCCGGAAUACAGACUACCAGACCUUUUUGAACGCCGCAAACUCUGUCCCCGGAAUCCUUAGCUACAAUUCUGUCGCCCUCUCCUACCUUCCACGACCUGACGGCAAGGUUCUCACUAAAUCCCCCGACCUCCUUGUCCUCGAGGGCAAGUAUGCAAAAAUUCCAGUCAUCACAGGAAACCAGGAAGACGAAGGCACUCUGUUUGCUCUCUUCCAAUCCAAAAUUAGAACGACCUCUCAACUUGUAGACUACCUCGAUGAGUUGUUUUUCCACUCUGCCGGAAAACCACUUCUUGAGAAAUUUGUCAGCAUCUAUAGUGACAUUUCUACUUACGGUUCCCCGUUCCGUACCGGCAUCUUCAACAAUUGGUACCCACAGUUCAAGACCAUUGGCGCCAUCCUCGGUGAUGCGGCCUUUAUCCUAACCCGACGUGCAUUCCUUACUAUCUCGACUGCAAUUAGCCCCAACGUUCCUGCCUGGUCAUAUCUUGCGACAUACGGCUAUGGCACUCCCAUCAUGGGCACAUUCCAUGGUAGUGAUAUCCUGCGUGUCUACCAUGGUCUUCCUCCAGGUCCUGCCGCCACCACUAUUCGUGGGUACUACUUCACCUUUAUUCACACUCUCAAUCCUAAUGAGAAGGGUUCGGGACGUGCAGAAUGGCCACAGUGGACAUCUACCAACCGCGAGAUGAUGGAGUUCAAGCGGUUUUCUAAUGGGUUAAUAAAGGAUAAUUUCCGCGAGGAUGCCUAUACCUUCCUACUGUCCAAUGUUCAGAAGUUCUAUAUCUAG